ACAAAGACGAAUUUGAGUUGAAGAGUUAGACUCUAAGCACUAGACUAGAUCUAGAUAAUCUAGCUCCAAAAUCUAGGCUAAAACUAGAUGGUGUUUACAUUUAUGUAUUCAUGUCACAUCAAAUUAUUUUGGCUAUUGGCUCAAUCUGUAAUACAUUAUCUGGAUCCAAGAGGAUCUAGAGUAGAUCUAUAACAAGUAACAAGGUAUUGCUAGCAACUAAGCAAGACCUAGACCUACUAUUAACUAUUCUAUCACGAAGACUAGAAUCUCAACUCUAAUCUAUGUAAAAUCGUAAAAGUAUUCAUCAUAUCGAAAUAAGAAGGAAUACGCGCGCAACAAAAUGGCGACCACGUUCGAAAACGUGCGAUUUCAUUCAUAUGACGAAAAUGGAAGAAUUACGGAACUUUCAGAAGUAUUGUACACAUUGGAAGUUAUCGAGCAAAACAGCUCCCUGUUUGCAAAUUUAUACAACGGUAACAUCAAAUCUCACUGUAUUACUAUAGGAAAGGAAACAGAGAUAGCACGAGUUGGUAAUAGUUCACUGGUAAUCACAAAUAAUAACUGUUCAGUUCUCCUUACAUUCCCAAGCAUACAAGUAUUGAAAACAUUUAAACACAAAAUCUUCAAGCUAAAAGAAGGAAUGACAUCUGUCUUUACAGAAAGAACUGAGGAAGCCUCAGCUGUUCAGUAUUUCCAAUUUUAUGGAUAUCUAUCACAGCAACAAAACAUGAUGCAAGAUUAUAUUCGCACUUCUACAUAUCAGCGAGCAAUGCUGGCCAAUCUUACAGACUUUCAUGAUAAGGUAGUAUUAGAUGUUGGAGCUGGCUCUGGGAUUUUAUCUUUUUUUGCCAUUCAAGCUGGGGCUAAAAAAGUGUAUGCUAUAGAGGCAAGCAGUAUGGCUCAGCAUUGUGAGAUGUUGGUAAGACAAAACAAUUUACAAGACCGCAUCAUAGUGAUACCUGGCAAGGUAGAGGAAGUAGAAGUGCCUGAGGAAGUAGAUACAAUUAUAUCAGAACCAAUGGGCUAUAUGUUGUUCAAUGAAAGAAUGUUGGAGUCAUACCUUCAUGCCAAAAAAUGGCUGAAACAAGAUGGUCGUAUGUUCCCAACCCAAGGAGAUUUACAUGUAGCUCCUUUCACAGAUGAAGCUUUGUACAUGGAGCAGUAUCAAAAAGCUAAUUUUUGGUAUCAAGAAUCAUUUCAUGGUGUUAAUCUAACAUCAUUACGUUCUGCUGCAGUGUCAGAAUACUUCAAACAACCCAUUGUUGACACAUUUGACAUUCGAAUAUGUCUGGCCAAGUCUAACAAAUAUGUUAUAGACUUUCAGUCUGCUGAUGAAACAGAUCUCCAUUACAUGGAAAUUCCUCUGACUUUUACUAUGAUGCAGUCUGGAAUGGUUCAUGGGUUAGCUUUUUGGUUUGACUGUGGAUUCCUAGGUUCUGACUAUUCAGUGUGGUUAAGUACUGCUCCCACUGAACCAUUAACUCAUUGGUACCAAGUCAGAUGCUUGCUCCAAACUCCAGUAUUAGUAAAACAAGGUCAAACGUUGACAGGGCUAGUCAGACUUACAAGCAAUACAAGACAGAGUUAUGAUGUGGACAUAGAGCUCAAUAUUCCUGGUACCACAAACAAGUCAGUCAACAAUCUUGACUUGAAAAAUCCAUUUUUCCGUUACACGGGUGCUGCUCCUGCCCCUCCUCCUGGGUGUAACCAGGCAUCAGCAACAGAUACUUACUGGAACAAUUUGAUGGCUUCAGGAGACUCACAACAGCCACAGCAAACAUAUGUUAAUGGUUUUGUGAAUGGUAUUGUUGAUGUUGGCCAGGUAUUAGUUCAGCAACAGCAUCAAGGCAAUCUUAUUACUAUGUCUGAAGACAUCAUUUCUAGGCCAGAAGCACCAAUAAAUCCAGGAAGUAUUCCAAGUGUCGGCACUAUCACAUCAAUGGCCAAUGCACACCGCACAUCGAUAGGUGCAGGAAUUAGUCCCAUAAGUUUUGCACAAACACAGAAUGUUAUAACUGGUUCAACCAAUCAUUUUCCUGUCAGUAACCAGUUCAUGAUAGGAGAUUAUGUUAUGCCUGGCAACUUGAUUCUACACACUUCACCUAAAUCAGAGACAUAGCUCUAUUUUAGAAGCAUUUUUUUAACAAGUCAUUUUAGCCAUUACAUACAGUGUGUGUAUUCAUGUUAAAUCCAAUUAUUACAUCUCAUAAUUUAUUUGUGGUGCUUGUAGCCAGGAACACUAUAUAUAUAUAUAUUGACAUUUUUUAAAACUGAUUUUACCAUUGAUUGGGGGAGGGGGG